UAUGCAGCUGUCAGUCGUCUUGUGUCUUGUGUUAUGUUUUGAAUUUGAAAUAAAACUGUUAGAAGAAUUUUCCGAGAAUGGAUAAACUGGAGUUACCAAUAGGUAAUCAUUGUGAAAAAAAGGAGCAAUCUUCUCCGAAUAGUAAGGCUGCAGAUAGCAAAUGCGAUAUGGUUCUCCAAAUAGCACAAUUGAGAGAAGAAAAAGAACAAAUGAAAUAUGAAUUCAAAAGGAAAAUCGGUAUUUUGGAAGCACAAGAAAAAUAUUAUAUUGAUGAAAUCGAUCAUUGGAAGAGGCAACAUGAUAAGAUUGUAGGCGAACUUAAGGCUCAAAGUAAUAAGUUUGAAAAGGAGAAAAUUCUUCUGAAAAAUUCUCGUCUAGAGGAAACAUCUGAUUUGUCCGAAAAAAUCAGCCAAUUGGAAGCGGAUAACAAAAAGCUGAAGAAACAACUGCAAGACAACCAAAAUAUAACAAUUGAGCAAAAUAACGAUAUCGACAAAGUUCAACGAUUGGAGGAUGAAAUUUCUGAUCUGAAAAGCAAACUUUUCGAUUUGAACGUAGAAUUCCAAUCGCUUGAACAUAAAUGCCACAAGAUGGAGGAGAGUACUAUGACUCUCAUAAAGGAAAACCAAGAAUACCAACAAAUUCUUGAUCUCAAAAGAAAAGAAGUGAUCAAAUCGAAUGGUAUUAUUAUGGAACUACAAGACGAAAUUAGAGUUUUAAGGAAAGAAUUAGAUGAAAUUGAAAAUCAACCUCGAGAUAUAAAUACUAGAGGGAAUUCUCUAUUUGCCGAAGUUUAUGACAGCCGAAACAGAAUCAGAGAAAAAUUCAUCAAUUUAGCAGCUAAAUACGAUCGGACUAUAAAGGAGAAGGAGAGGCUUGAUGAAGAAGUUGACAUUUUGAGAACAGAAGUCUCUACCUUGAGGCAAGCCUUCAAUGAGGAAAUGAAAAACUUUAGACCUGGAAACUUAUUUGAACUGUCAGGUGAUAGGGAUUCAAUGAGUGCAAUGCGAUCUUUGGUCCAAAGUUAUAAAGAAGAAAUUGAUAGACUUACAAAGGGUGAGCAACCAGCAGAAAGAGAUUACAGAUAUUAUGAAGCAGUUAUUCAGCGACAGGAGAAAGAUAUAGAUAAACUUAGGGGAAUACUAAGUGACCACUCUUUAACCCAUGCAAUGAGAGCAAGGAAAAUUUCUGAAAUGGGUUGUCAAAUAGCGUACUGGAAAUCCAAAGCCUCAGAAAUUGAAAGUGAGAAGAGAUUUUUGGAAUUGAAAUUUAAGGAAUUGGAAAAUAAAUUAUCCGAUUUGGAACAAGCUGAGGCAACGAAAUCCGGAGAAAACAAGGAAAAUGACAAAACGACCGAUAAUAAACUAAGCGAAAAUAAAUUACAUAAGAAUAAACCCAAUACAGACAAUGUACAUGAAAAUAUUUCAAAACCUAAAGAUAAUUCUCAGAAGAGUCUCACUGAACUUUAUGGUACAGAUAAAGUCAAAAUAAUAACCCAUGAAGAAAUUAAAGCGAUAAUGGAGAAGAAGCUACACCUGAAAAAAACAGCAUUCAAAAGCGGUAACAAAGAAGAUGAAACAUUAUCGGCAAAAAUUGGAGAACAAAAUGAUGUCAAAGAAGCAUCAAAAGAAUCACCUCCAAAUCUCCCCGAAUCAAAUGAAGACGAAGAAACGAAGAGAGCAGUACGAUUUGCAAACGAUACAAAAAAAGAAGAUGGCGCAAGACGUCGCCCUAGGGGUAAAAAUAGUUAUGUUCUCAAUCUUCAAACAAAUGUUUUAGAAAAAAUAAACUAAACUUUUUCAUUUAUUAUUUGAAAU